AUGCCCGCAUCUUCCCAACCCAAAACUUUGUACGACAAAGUGUUCGAGGACCACAUCGUCCACAAGGACGAGUCCGGCUCCUAUCUUCUUUAUAUUGACCGUCACUUGGUCCAUGAAGUGACGUCUCCCCAGGCUUUUGAAGGCUUGAAAAACGCUGGCAGAAAAGUGAGACGGCCCGACUGUACUUUGGCUACUGUCGACCACAACAUCCCCACGGUGUCGCGUGUCAACUUCAAGAACGUCGAAACGUUUGUGGAGCAAGAGGACUCCAAGUUGCAGGUGAUGACUUUGGAGCAGAAUGUCCGGGACUUUGGCGUCACCUACUUUGGCAUGGAAGACUCUCGCCAAGGUAUUGUGCAUGUGAUUGGCCCUGAGCAAGGUUUCACUCUUCCAGGCACGACUGUCGUCUGUGGCGACUCGCACACCUCGACCCACGGCGCCUUUGGGUCUUUGGCUUUUGGUAUUGGUACUUCGGAGGUUGAGCAUGUCUUGGCCACGCAAACUAUCAUCCAGGCCAAGUCGAAGAACAUGAGAAUCCGUGUGGAGGGCGACUUGGCCCCAGGCAUCACACUGAAGGACUUGGUUUUGCAUGUCAUUGGUGUCAUUGGCACUGCCGGUGGAACUGGGUCUGUCAUUGAGUUUGCAGGCCUGGCCAUCGAAGCGUUGUCCAUGGAGGCAAGAAUGUCCAUCUGCAACAUGGCCAUUGAGGCUGGUGCCAGAGCCGGCAUGAUUCGCCCCGACGAAAUCACCUUCAACUACCUCAAGGGCCGGCCAUUGGCCCCCAAGGGCGCCGAGUGGGAAAAAGCCGUCAAGUACUGGUCCUCUUUGCGCUCCGACGAAGGCGCCCACUUCGACCACGACAUUUUGAUCCACGCUCAAGAUAUCGUUCCUACCAUCACAUGGGGCAACUCGCCCCAGGACGCUUUGCCCAUCACGGCCCGUGUCCCAGAUCCAGCGUCCGUGCAAGACCCAAUCAAAAAGGCGGGCAUGGAACGUGCGCUUGAAUACCAGGGCUUGAAGCCCAACACACCUCUUCAGGAGAUCACCAUCGACAAGGCUUUCAUCGGGCUGUGCACCAACCUGCGGAUUGAAGAUUUGCGCGAGGCAGCCAAGGUUGCCAAGGGCCACCGCAAGGCCGACAAUGUCAAGUUGGUUUUGGUUGUUCCAGGAUCGGGCUUGGUGAAGCAGCAAGCAGAAAAGGAAGGUCUUGAUAAGGUGUUUGAAGCUGCAGGCUUUUCGUGGAGAGAGGCCGGCUGCUCCAUGUGUUUGGGCAUGAACCCAGACAUUUUGGACCCAGAGGAGAGAUGCGCUUCGACGUCCAACAGAAACUUCGAAGGCCGUCAAGGUGCUAAAUCAAGAACGCACUUGAUGUCUCCUGCCAUGGCCGCUGCAGCUGCCAUCAAGGGUCACUUCACCGAUAUUCGUGAGUGGAAGUACAAUGCGGCUGACGAGCCUGCUGUUCAGAUCGACUCCAACGAAGAUCUUGAAUUGCAAGAAGCCGUGUACGAGCACGAGAAGCAGCCAUUGGAAGAGAGCGAGUCUUUAGCCCAGGAUAGACUCAACGACAUUCCUGCCACUGAGUCGCCUGCUGUUGGUGGAGCUGGCAUGGAGAAGUUCACUGUCUUGACAGGUAUCACUGCACCUUUGGAUAAGGCCAACGUCGACACCGACGCUAUCAUUCCAAAGCAGUUCUUGAAAACCAUCAAGCGUACCGGUUUGAAGAAGGGGUUGUUUUACGAGUUGCGUUUCACCAAGGAUGCCGAAGGAAAAGACAUUGAGACUGAUUUCGCCUUGAACGUUCCUCCUUACCGCAAUGCCGAGAUUUUGUUGGUCACUGGUGACAACUUUGGCUGUGGUUCCUCGCGUGAACAUGCUCCUUGGGCCUUGAAAGAUUUCGGCAUCAAGUGUAUGAUUGCGCCUUCGUUCGGUGACAUUUUCUACAACAACUCGUGCAAGAACGGUUUGUUGCCCAUCAGAAUUCCUCAAGAGGUGAUCCUCUCUAAAUUAUACCCUGUGGCUACUGCGGGCAAGAAGCUUACGGUGGACUUGCCUAAACAGGAGAUCAGAAAUGAAGAUGGCGACGUUUUGGUGGAGCACUUUGAUAUCGAGCCAUUUAGGAAACACUGUUUGGUUAACGGCUUGGAUGACAUUGGCUUGACCAUGCAGAAAGAGAAAUUUAUCAGAAAAUUCGAGGAGAGAAGAAGAGACGUCUUUUCCUUUUUGGAGGGUGGAUCCAAGUUGAUCAAACCCAUCACAGGCUCUAAGAAGUCCAAGUACGGUCUUAAGACCCAGGAGUGGUAA